AUGAACCUUAUGUACGCGACGGAUACACAACGCGUAAGGCGGCGUGGGAGACGGUCGGAUCAAAUUUCGAAGUUCGCAAAUCGGUUAGAAACCGAGCUCACGGCGUUGGUAAUGCGGAACGCGGGGAACUCCCCGGCGGCCAUUUGUCGCGUUCGCGCGCUCCCGGCGGGGUCGUUAGGGCCCCGCGCCAACGCGCCCCCG